UGUGAUUAUUGGGCUUGCGGUGAUGAGUUUGAGAGAUUUGCCCGAAGGGUGUUAUUGGACUCUUCCGUGGAGUAAUUUCGUGCCGCAUGGAGGAUCGAACUCAGUCCAGAGCCUGAUGAACGAGAGAGUAUGGAUGAGAGAAGCAAAACAAGUACCAAUGAGAAGCACAAGCUCAACGAGACCGAACCAAAGAGUCCUCUCCCUGUUCUCGAAAGGUCCCCACCCAGCAACGUCCAAUGCAUUCCCGUGAUCAAAUAUCAUUCCCUCGGCAGUUUUCCUCAUAGGAAUUGAGCGAGGCAGGGGUAUACCCCGUGCACUCUCAGUAUUAUUGAAAUGUUUCUUGGGGUAUAUGGAAGGAUGAGAUCUCGAUGUUGGAUGUUGUAGCAAGCGCUGCUGAAACCCUUUAAUCAAGCGUCUGUGAUGCGAAAACAGACGCGGUGGAAAAGCUUU